AUGUCUUGUCUCUCCAGGAUUUCUUCCCGAGCUGGAGGAAGUGGCUGUGCCAGAGUGUCCAGUGGUGGAAGUAGCUUCAGCAGUAGCAGCCGAUGUGGCAUGGGGGGUGGCUCUGCUAGGGGUUAUGGAGGCUCCAGUAGCUGUGGACUGGGUGGAGGCUCUGGCAGUGGGUUUGGAGGAGGCUUUGGAGGUGGGUUUAGUUGUGGCUCAUCAGUGGGAGGUUAUGGAGGUGGCUCAGGCUCCGGUGCUGGUUUUGGUGGUGGGGCCAGCGGAGGCUUUUACAGUUAUGGUGGUGGCGUUAGUGGUGGUGCUGGGUAUGGGGGCUUUGGUUCAAGUGAUGGUGGUCUUCUCUCUGGAAGUGAGAAACAAACCAUGCAGAACCUCAAUGACCGCCUGGCUAGCUACCUAGACAAGGUCCAUGCUCUGGAAGAGGCCAAUACAGACCUGGAGGUCAAAAUCAAGGAAUGGUAUGAUAAAUUUGGACCUGGAUCUAGAGAUACUGGAGCUGGGAAAGACUACAGUCACUAUUUUCCAGUCAUUGAGGAUCUGAAGAAUCAGAUCCUGAAUGCAACCGUUGAGAAUGCUGGGAUAGUCCUACAGGUUGACAAUGCCCGACUGGCUGCCGAUGACUUCAGACUGAAGUAUGAAAAUGAAUCGUAUCUCAGACAAUGUGUUGAGGCAGAUACCAACGGCCUCCGCAAGGUCUUGGAUGAUCUGACUAUGGCCAGAUCUGAUCUGGAGAUGCAGAUAGAAAGCCUUACUGAAGAACUGGCUUAUCUCAAGAAGAAUCAUGAAGAGGAAAUGAAGAACAUGCAGUCAUCCUCUGGAGGUGAUGUGACCGUGGAAAUGAACGCUGCUCCAGGCACUGACCUGACGAAGCUGCUGAAUGACAUGCGAGCUCAAUAUGAAGACCUUGCUGAGCAAAACCGUAGAGAAGCUGAAGAGCAGUUCAAUAAGCAGAGUGCCUCCCUGCAAGCCCAGAUCUCCACUGAUGCUGGGGCAGCCAGCUCAGCCAAGAAUGAGAUUACAGAGCUGAAACGAACUCUUCAAGGUCUUGAGAUUGAACUUCAAUCCCAACUGGCUAUGAAAAGCUCCCUGGAAGGCACCCUCGCAGACACUGAAGCAGACUAUGUGGCCCAACUCUCCCAGCUUCAGCUGCAGAUCAGCAGCCUAGAGCAGCAAAUUUGCGAGAUCAGAGGAGAGAUGGAAUGUCAGAAUGCAGAAUAUGAACAGCUGUUGAACAUCAAGACCCGCCUGGAGAUGGAGAUUGAGACUUACCGCCGCCUGCUUGAUGGAGAGGGAGGUGGUUCCUCAUCUGGUGGUUCCUCAUCUGGUGGUUCCGGUUCUUGGAAAUCAGGAUCAGGUGAUUCAAGAAGUGGAAUUUCUUCAGGGCAAGGAAAAGAUUCAAACAAAACCAGGGUAACCAAAACUAUCGUAGAGGAGGUAGUGAAUGGCAAAGUUGUCUCAUCUCAAGUCAGCAAUGUUUCUGAGGUCAAGGUCAAAUAA